AUAUAUAUAACUUGCUGAAAAGCCCUAGCAGGCCUUCUUUGUGAUUCAUAGCCUGCAGAUUAUCGUCACUGCCUGAAGACGGCUUCAUCUCACGCACCUCAUCUCUGCAAAUCACAAUGUCUCUGGUUGCAAACGAGGAGUUUCAGCACAUUCUCCGUGUGCUGAACACAAAUGUUGAUGGUAAGCAGAAGAUUAUGUUUGCCCUUACCUCUAUCAAAGGUAUUGGUAGGCGAAUGGCCAACAUUGUCUGCAAGAAGGCUGAUGUCGACAUGAACAAAAGGGCUGGUGAGUUAUCUGCAGCUGAGAUCGACAACCUCAUGACAAUUGUUGCGAACCCAAAGCAGUACAAGAUUCCAGACUGGUUCUUGAACAGACAAAAAGACUACAAAGAUGGAAAGUACUCUCAAGUUCUCUCCAAUGGUCUUGACAUGAAGCUCAGGGAUGAUCUUGAACGUCUCAAGAAAAUCAGGAACCAUCGUGGUCUGAGACAUUACUGGGGUCUCCGUGUCCGUGGACAACACACCAAGACAACUGGUCGCAGAGGAAAGACUGUUGGUGUGUCAAAGAAGCGUUAAGCAAGCCAUAAUGUUGCUACUUACACCUUUAUUUGGAUAUGCUUCAUGAGGAGUUUUGAAUUAUGUUUUUUCGAACUAGUUUGUGCGACACUUUUGGAUCAUCCUGUGAAACUGUCUUUUUCAUUAGUACAUUUUGGCUUUUAGAAUUAUCUGUUUCUAUGCUUGUUACAUCUGUGCCUGUUCUCGCUGUUAUUGUGGCUUCAAAGUGAUUACAGCGUAAAAAAAUA